GUUUCACUGCAGGUCAUGUCCACAUGGAAAGCAAGGCUCACCAGAAGACUGAAAUCUCCAUCUAGAAGGAUGCAUCCUUUUCCAUGCUCAGCUCUGCUUGCUUGUUUUGGGAAUACAAGAGAGAAUGCGCCCUUUGACCAGCCCAGCACAGCUGAUACUCAUUCCACCAUCUAUGUUCAGCCCAUGGCCAAAGCAGGGAGGCACCCAAGUCACUCAAAAGGGGAAGAAAGAACUCCAGAGGAAAGGCGAGAUUCCGGCAUCUGCUCAGAGAAAAAUGGCAGUGCAAAUCUGAAUUCAAGUAACCACACUGCCAACCAGCCUAUUGAGACCCCUGAGGAUUCACCUGGUUCCCUAGAAGGUAAAUCGGACAGUGACGCAGUUACUUUCCAGACUUCUAUCCCCAGACCAUCAAUUAUUGAAAUGCCAACGGAAGAAGAGGAAUCCCAGGAAGAACCUAAAUGCCUCAAGUUGGGACAGAAGAUGGCAUCAGACGGCCCAUCUGAGGAUACUGACCUUAAGGAAGCGUAUCUCAUCCCAAGAAACAUCAUGGCUGAGCCAGACUACAUAGAAGAUGACAAUCCUGAACUAAUUAGGCCUCAGAAACUAGUCAAUCCUGUCAAAACGUCCCGCAACCAUCAGGAUCUUCACAGAGAACUUCUCAUGAAUCAAAAAAGGGGUCUUGCCCCUCAGAACAAGCCAGAAUUGCAGAAAGUGAUGGAAAAGAGAAAACGAGAUCAAGUAAUAAAGCAGAAAGAAGAAGAAGCACAAAAGAAGAAAUCUGACUUGGAAAUAGAACUAUUAAAACGGCAGCAGAAGCUGGAGCAGCUUGAACUUGAGAAGCAGAAAUUGCAAGAAGAACAAGAAAAUGCCCCAGAGUUUGUGAAGGUUAAAGGCAAUCUCAGGAGAACAGGCCAAGAAGUGGCCCAAGCGCAGGAGUCGUAGGCCCGGAGACAGAGACCGCGCGCCCAGCCCACCACACGGGGAAGCUGUGAGCAGGCGCCUCGUCAAUGCUUAAUCUCAGGGCCAGAGCCCCUGGAGAGAACCCAGCCAGCAGAGAAUUGUUACUUUAAAAAGGAUUUGGUUUUGGUUUUCCUACAAUCUGGGUGGAUAAAUGAUCUGUGACAGUUGCAAUUCCUACUCGCCAAACGAAGGACGUUGACCAGCACUUAAGUUGGGAUAAGUGAACCUGUGUUCAAAGACUUAAAAAAACAAAAAAACAAACCCACAACAGCAAAAAAGAGGACACUGGAAUAAAUUCUAGAGAGUUGCACUAC